CGCGCCAGACGCGUCCGCGGCUGACGGACGGACGGACGGACUGACUGGCUUUCCAGACCUGGCCAGCCAGCCAGCCAUGACUCCCGGCCCGGUGACCGCCGGCGGCGAGGCCCAGCGGCCCAGCCCGCGUUACUUCACUUGGGAGGAGGUGGCGCAGCGCUCGGGGCGCGAGCGGGAGCGGUGGCUCGUGAUCGAUCGGAAGGUGUACAACAUCAGCGAGUUCACCCGCCGGCACCCGGGCGGCUCCCGCGUCAUCAGCCACUACGCCGGGCAGGAUGCCACGGAUCCCUUUGUGGCAUUCCACAUCAACAAGGGCCUUGUGAAGAAGUAUAUGAACUCUCUCCUGAUUGGAGAACUGUCUCCGGAGCAGCCCAGCUUUGAGCCCACCAAGCAUAAAGAACUGACUAAUGAGUUCCGGGAACUGCGGGCUACCGUAGAGCGAAUGGGGCUCAUGAAGGCCAACCACUUCUUCUUCCUCUUUUACCUGCUGCAUAUCUUGCUGCUGGACGUCGCUGCCUGGCUUACUCUGUGGGUCUUUGGGACAUCUUUGGUGCCCUUCCUCCUCUGUGCGGUACUUCUCAGCACAGUUCAGGCCCAGGCUGGGUGGCUGCAGCAUGACUUUGGGCAUCUGUCAGUGUUUGGUACUUCUACCUGGAACCACCUGCUGCAUCAUUUUGUGAUUGGCCACUUGAAGGGAGCCCCAGCCAGUUGGUGGAACCACAUGCACUUCCAGCACCAUGCCAAGCCCAACUGCUUCCGCAAAGACCCAGACAUCAACAUGCAUCCCCUCUUCUUCGCCCUGGGGAAAGUCCUGUCUGUGGAGCUUGGGAAACAAAAGAAAAAGUACAUGCCCUACAACCACCAGCACAAGUACUUCUUCCUCAUCGGGCCUCCAGCCUUGCUGCCUCUCUACUUCCAGUGGUAUAUUUUCUAUUUUGUUGUCCAGAGGAAGAAGUGGGUGGACUUAGCCUGGAUGGUCACCUUCUAUGUCCGAGUCUUCCUCACGUAUAUGCCGCUGUUGGGGCUGAAAGGCUUCCUGGGCCUAUUCUUCAUUGUCAGGUUCCUGGAGAGCAAUUGGUUCGUGUGGGUGACACAGAUGAACCACAUUCCCAUGCACAUUGAUCACGACCGGAACAAGGACUGGGUCUCCACACAGCUCCAGGCCACAUGCAACGUCCACCAGUCCGCCUUCAACGACUGGUUCAGCGGGCAUCUCAACUUCCAGAUUGAGCACCACCUCUUCCCCACGAUGCCCCGACACAAUUACCACAAAGUGGCACCCCUGGUGCAGUCCCUGUGUGCCAAGUAUGGCAUCGAGUACCAGUCCAAGCCUCUGCUCUCAGCCUUCGCCGACAUCGUGCACUCAUUGAAGGAGUCGGGGCAGCUCUGGCUGGACGCCUACCUUCACCAGUAACAGACCCCUUGGUGUGGAAGAGACUGAAGCCAAAGCAGAGGGAGACUCGAGGGACUCAGCCACUGGUUCUUAUGUUCAGAGGGGGGUGGUGGGUUCGGGGACAGAAAGGUCUGUGCUCAGACCUCACCCCUUUGCCUGCGAGGCACAGAUCUAUGACUAGCGGGGUGUGGGGACACUUGUAACAACUCCCCGGAGGAGUGUAAGUCUGUUGAAUUGUUUCUUUUCUUCUUUUGGUGAUGGUAUUGGGGUUGUAACUCAGGGUCUCGUGCUUGCAAGGCAGGCACUCUACCACCUGAGCAAAGCCCAGGAUUGUUUUUCUCCACUUUGGUAAUAUGCAGUUCGUGAGCAAAGGGUAAAAGGGGCGGGGGUUCAGAUGAUGGUAACUCCUGAGCCCAGUGUCAGGCAGAUGUACCCCAGAACUCAUGUAAAGGGGGACAUGUCUCCCUCUCCUCCCUCCCCCCUCACUUGCUAACCUCAGACUGAGUAGCUGAAUGUUUAUAGCAAGAUCUAGAAAGGCUUUGAAGCAUUCAUGUGUAGAAUUUUGAGUCUUGACCCAACUUCCCUGUCUGGGAACUCAGUCACUACCCUGGGCAGGUGUCACCCACAUCUGGCUGUGGUUGCCAGAAGCCAUUUUCCAGCCUUAGAAGCAGGUGGGGCAAAGACCAGGAGUGUGGUUUGGGAGUCAUUCAGCUGAUGAUCCUGGCACUACUGGUUUUGCUCUCGUGUUGCAUCCGGUUCCAGAGGGAAUGGCAGGCAUGCUCUUUUGCCAAGCAGAUGGUAGAGUCACUGGGAAUGAAAAAUCCCCUUGAUCCACUUCUAACCUCUGCUUAGAACAGACAUCUGUCAAGACUGGGAGAAUGCUCCUAGCAAGGAGAGGGGAAGAGUAUUCUUCCUCCCGAGAAACAAAUGGGGCUCUCCCUUGUUUCCAUUUGCUGCCCAAUCUGUAAUUCCAAGUUUAAUAGCAAUAAGCACAAGUGAGAAAAGUUUAUGACUUAUUGUCAUAAAGUCAAAGUGUAAGGGCGGUAAGCAGAAACAGUUUUUAUCUCCUAAAUUAUAGCGUUACUAGGAGUGUUGGGUUAAGCAAACGACUUCCUAGUUGUAGUAAGUUUAAACACUGGUUUGUGACUGUCGCUGCUGUAGUCAGAGGUCUCUGUCCACUCUCGCUCAGUAUCUUAUUCUGGAGACCAGAUAGGAAUUUAGGAUAGCCUUUUCCAAAGCGUAUCUGUCUAACACUAAAAUAGUCUGCCUAAUCUUCCAGUCCAAAAAGAUAAGGAACGUCUCUCCCCAAAGAGCACACAUAGGAAUGUGCCUUGAGUCUGACCUAACUCCCAGGGGCCCAGUAUCAGCAAUCCCUCCUGCACCCCAAAUUCCACAGCCUUACAGUCCAGGUGAAGAUAUUUCUUUGCCUGUUCAAACAAUCUAAGCUUGUUAACUAUGAGAAAAGUAGAAAAGAACAGGCUAGAAGGCAAAAGCAGAGCCAUCUUGAGUUUUGUAGGUAACGGCGGGCAGUCGGGAUGGAAGUGACAGAGUCAGCAUUGGGCACGAGGCUGCCAGAGUUAGACAUCUGACAGAACCGGGCAUGGGACAGCGGGUAGCAGAAGAGUUCGUCUUUGCUGAAAGUUGGCCCUGCAAUUGGUUUGCAAUGGGCUGGGUAGAAAAAUUAGAAGCAAAACUGAACAAUUCCGCUUUCGUUGGAUAUUUCCCUCCAGAACAGGUGCUCAUCCCUCCACAUUCCUGUUCCCUGCCACCUGGGGUGUCAGUGUGGGGCCACCAGCCUGUCAUGCCAGCUAGCUCUGGCACAAGCCACCAGUCAGAGCAAACACUAGUGCACCUGCUCUACUGUGCCAAGACCAGGUCUUCAAAGCACCUAAACCACUGUGGCCUUCCCGGCCUUCACCUGUGUGGCCUCGGAUGGCCACAAGGGCCACGGAAUAACGAAAGACUAAGAAUGGUGAAGUGGGUAAUCUCAGAUGGACUGCAGAGAAUAGGAUUCAAGAGAAAAAGCUGACCCUGGGUCAUAGAUGGUGACGGGACAUUGCACUCACCUCAGUUUUAGAACUCUGAUUUCUGAAACUGUUUUUAAUGACUUUACCCUUUUUGCUAUCUUGAGGUGUUUUCUUUAAAUUGGGUCCAAUGUCAGUGUCUUCUAUGUGUGUUACCACUUAUCCUGAUGAAGCUAAAAACAAUUAGUUAAUUUUGGCCAAAUAAAAACUAUUUGUUUAAAAAUC